AUGCCUCUACGCGCUCAGCGGCGCAUCGGGUUUCUAGCAACUUCCUAUCGAAGGCCUACACAUAGAAUUGCGUCGUCCCAGUCCACCAAGCCACUCAUCCGCAUUCCUCAAGCAGAUAUAUUUCGCUUCGGUGAAGCGCGUAAACCAGUCCUGCGUGACGUGGACUUGACUGUGCAUGAGGAUGAAAGUUGGGCUAUUGUUGGCGCCGGCUCAAGUGUAGACGGCAAGAAUGCUCUGUUGGAUACCCUGCUGGGUGAGAUGCGCGUCUCACCGCCGCCUCCGAGCGGCAUAUUUCCGGCUUUAGACUCUAGACGACCGGUCUACGAACAGAUAGCGCACGUCGCGUUCUCACACCGUCCAAGAGCAGGCGGUGGGGCAUUCUACGAUUAUACGGCUCGAUAUGGCGCCGUACGUGAAGAAGACCGCGUCACUUUACGAGAGAGCAUGUUCUCGCACACGUCUGCCUCGGUGCCGAAUGCUCAAUUCGAAGAGUGGAUCACGAAGCUGGGGCUCGGUGGGCUACUUGACUUGCCGCUCAUUGCACUCAGUAAUGGCCAGACGCGUAGGGCUAGGAUCGUACAAGCGUUGCUCCGGGAACCUGCCAUCCUGAUUCUUGACGAACCUCUGACUGGUCUAGACGUACAAAUGCGGCCAAAGUUGCUGGAUCUACUGCAUGCGCUUCACGCGUCACACAGUCCUCGUAUCAUCAUGGGCCUGCGUGCACACGACCCCGUUCCGGACUGGAUCACCCAUCUCGCGCUGGUGAACGAAGGCCGGGUUCAUGCUGGUCCCAAGGAGGAGAUUCUGGAGGAAGCCAUCAAACUUGUACAUGCCGUUCCGACCCCCGCGGAUGUACAGUCAAAGACGCCAUCUGACUCGAGCGUACCUGGAGAAGCUCAUAUCGAGAUGGUCAACCUAAACGUCAAGUAUCAUGAGCGCCAUGUGCUGAAGGACAUCAAUUGGACUGUGCGAGCCGGCGACCGCUGGCACUUGCAGGGCGCGAACGGAUCCGGAAAAACCACUCUUUGCUCCAUGCUGACCGGUGAUCAUCCUCAGUCGUAUACCCAACAAGGCCUGACGCUCUUCGGUGCACCUCGGCGGAGACACGCUACACCAGCUCUGCGCACGAAGAUCGGCGUUGUUUCGCCGGAACUCAAUAACGCCUGGCCUCGCGCACGCAAGAUAUCGGUGCGCGAAGCUAUAGGAACGGGCUUUGAUGGUGGCUUCGUACCUAUGGGCAAGAAUGGUGUUGGCAUCGGUCUCAGCGGCUCUCUUUCGCCCGAAGACCAGGCGUGGCGCGAGCAACGUGUCGAGGAGAUGCUCAAUGGCCUUGGCCCCCACCGGUGGUCUGACGAUGUCUCUCACGAGGAGCUCGGCGCGUGGGCGGAUCGCACGUUCUCUAAUCUGGGUGUCGGGGAGCAGGCAGUGGUGUUGGUCAUGCGGGCGCUUGUUGGUGCACCGCCCGUAGUGAUGCUCGACGAAGUUUGGUCAGGGAUGGACGAACGGAUGGUCACCGCCGUUCGUGGGUUCUUGCGCAAUGGCGGCGUUAGUCGGCAACAGGCCGUCAUUGUCAUUAGCCACUGGGAAAACGAGGUGCCUUGGGGAGUUGAAGACGGAGUGAAGAGGUUCAAGCUGGAGGAUGGCGUUGGGCGUGAACUGUAG